CAGCCUGAACGCGUUAACUAACCCAUCCACUCACCGCAGAGCAGCGUUAACUAACCCAUCCACUCACCGCAGAGCAGCUGGGAAUAUCAGUGAAAUAAACCGCGGCGCCUUCACGUCGGAUUUAGCCCAACCAUUUCUGCGAGAAUUCAACAGGACACAAUGUGUAACAUGGAGCCUGGAUUCAGAAACACACUAAAGCGUCAGGCGGCGUUUGAGCUGUUCGAAGACCCCAUGUCUCUGUUCUCGGGGUUUUAUCCGGUCGAGGAGGAGCCGGCGGCUCAGGAGGUCCCCUCCGGUCUGGACUGUGUCUCUCAGGAUGCCGGCGUGUGCUCGGUUCCUCUGCUGACGCCCUGCAGUAAAGCCGUGGUCAGUCAGGCGCUGAAGGACAGCUUUAACGGCUUCUCCAAGGUGCAGCGCGUCUGUGGGAUCUCCAACAACCCGUGUAAGUGGACCAAGCAGCACGUCCUGCAGUGGCUGUACUGGGCCUCCGGAGAGUUCAGUCUGACCAACAUCAGCUUCUUCAAGUUUGACAUGAGCGGCCAGGAGCUGUGCGACCUGGGAAAGGACGGAUUCCUGGAUCUGGCUCCGGAUUUCGUGGGUGAUAUCCUGUGGGAGCAUCUGGAGCAGAUGACGAGAGCGUGUCAGGAGGACGAGGAGGCCGAAGUCUGGAGCCGCUCGUCUGAGUGCGGCUGGAGUCUCAGUCUGGAGGAGUGUUCUCUGAAGGUUCCGGAGUCUCGCAGCAGUCUCCUGCGGGAGCUCUUCGAGACGUCUGAGGAGUCGGGUCUGCUGUUGUCCGGUCAGGAGCUCUCCAUGUACCCCAAACCUCAGCUCAGCACCGUCAGCAUCCGCUACAUGAAAGCGUCUCCGCGUCUCAGCGCAGCAGUCUCGUCCCGCGAGCAGACGUCGGUGGAGAGCGUGGAUGGCUCGGAGAGUGUCCUCCGCUCCUGGGGGAGCCACUCGUCGCUCGCUGAUGCCCAGCGCGUCCCGUCCUACGACAGCUUUGAGGAGGAGCUCUGCGUGGCUCCGCUGGGCCUCAGCAAACAGGGCCUGUCCUUCAAAGACUACGUCCAGGAGAGGAGCGAACCGCUGGAGCAGGGCAAACCCGUCAUCCCCGCCGCCGUGCUCGCCGGAUUCACCGGAAGUGGCCCCAUUCAGCUGUGGCAGUUCCUGCUGGAGCUUCUGACCGACACCAGCUGCCAGAGCAUCAUCAGCUGGACCGGAGACGGCUGGGAGUUCAAACUCACCGACCCCGACGAGGUGGCGCGCCGCUGGGGAAAGAGGAAAAACAAGCCUAAGAUGAACUACGAGAAGCUGAGUCGAGGCCUGCGCUACUACUACGACAAGAACAUCAUCCACAAGACGUCCGGGAAGCGCUACGUGUACCGCUUCGUCUGCGACCUGCACAACCUGCUGGGAUACACGGUGGAGGAGCUGCACGGCAUGCUGGGAGUGCAGCCGGACACCGAGGACUGAAGCGCUCGCGGAGACACCCGUGUCACGUCCUGACCUCAGCGGAGGUCUCUGUUUCGUCACGCGGCCGGAGCGCGAUCCUCGCUGCGGUUCUUCGGUCAGCCGAGCGUUAAACACACUUUUAAACACUUGACACUGGAUUUGAUUUUUCGACGCUGUGUUUACUAAAACCAGGUGAUUCCUGUAAUAAUGUAGAUUAACGAAGAGACGGGAGCCUUGGAGAGAGAGUUUAUUUUCCGGGAUCGGCUUGAGAGCCAGCGCUGAUCUUUCCGUGUAUUCAGAACUGGAUUUUCAGGAUCUGGUGGCCUGUCUAACGGAGAGACUCGAUCACUCUGAACUUUGAUUUUGCUUUGAUUUGAUCUGGUAUAUUGGUCCAGGAUUUUGCGGCCGCUUCUGUUGUUCCUGUAUGUUUUGUGAGCGUUUCGUUAGAAACCACUGUUCGUGAGACGCUCGGUGUAUUUAUUCGAGUCUAGCUGGACCGUGGAGGUGUUCUGUAUUGUUGCUGGUUUUCGCUCGGGGCCAAAGGGACGUGGAGAUUUCACGUCUGAAUGUUUACCAAAGCUACGAGGCGUCUCGGCGCGGUUAACGCCAGACGCUGAGGAGACACCGAAAGCUGCUGUAAUCUGUCGGUGCGUUCACUUUCGUUUCCUACACUGAUGAUCUUUCAGGAUCAAACUGUAACUUUAUGCUGUACAUUUACUCCAGACUUCUACACUCUACAUCACUGUAGAGGACUAUUAUUAUUAUUAUUAUUAUUAUUAUUAUGAGAAUUUAUACAGAAACCGUGUGAUUAUUCAUCACUGUGUUUGUAUUGUUUUUCUAUAUACAGUCUAUUUUGCAAAUGAAUAUAAAAAGAGCUUUGAUUUAUUGAUCCGUUCAAGUGUUAAGAGAUGAUCUCUUUAUUAUCAAGGCUUUAUUAGUCAAAGCAGCGCUGUUUGUGUUGAACGUCACAGUGAUUUUUACACCGGUGGAAACAUGUUCAGCAGGAUCUGUAUGUUUGAGCGGCGUUUGACUCGUGAGAAUCUGUUCAGACGUGCGUCUUUAUGUCAUGAAAACGCUGCCAACGGCUUAGUGUCUCUGUGAAAGUCAACAAAUAAAUUCUUGUUAAAUGA